GAGAGAGAGAGAGAGGGCGAAAAGCGCGCACACCCCGACAACGUGGCGCUUAAUGACCGGGAGCGCGAAGUGCAGUCAGCCGCCGUAAAUUAUCCGUUCGGUCGAAGGCGAGUCUAAAACGCGGAUCCAAUAGACGAGAGCGGAAUCGAGCGACGAAGCGCGGUCGACAUUACAUUGGUCGGCUGCCAGAGCCGGAGAGAGCCGGCAAGUUCAUCUGACAUUAGUUACGUCAGCCGCGCGCCGCACCGAGCGCGACGCAGCGAUGGUUCAUCGGGAUGAAGUAACCGAAUUCUCGUUGACACGUGUGCAUCGGCAUACGUACGACGGGCAGGAGGAACGGGAGAUCAAAUGGACCAUCGGCAGCGAAUAACUCGAUUUGCUCCGUCUACGCGUACUCGACUGGCUGAAAGGUCGAAGAGUAGGUAGGUGGUGAACAGCAGUCGAGUGGGCGGGAAGGAUGGAGCCUAAAUGGUACGGGAGAGGAUGAAGGAAAGAGAUAGGAGACGGUUAGGGUAGGUAGCGAGGAAGGAACGACGGAAGGAAGGAAGCGAGUUAUCGAGACAGUAGUGUCACCGUAGUCGUGCGGAGGUGCCUAGUCGUCGAGCAAACUAGAGGGCCAGUCUCAGAGCCAAAGAGGCUCAGUCAGCCAACCAGCCAGCCAGCUAGCUAGCCAGCCUGCCUGCCUGCCUGCCUGGCUUGCUUGCUUGCUUGCUUGCUUGCCUGCCUGCCUGCCUGCUUGCCUGCCAGCCAGCCAGCGAACGUACGAGCGAGCAAGCGAGCAAGCGGACGAGCGAGCGAACCAGCAAGUUCUUGUUUUAUUCAGUCGGGAUCAUAAAUUACGAAUUUAAACACACAAUGAAAGACGCUUAACAAGAAGCUAACGCGAGAUUGAGAGGCCCCGCCCGGAACACCUCUCCUUCCGGUGGAAAACCACCAGGCCGACCAAUCCGACGGCGGUACCGCCCCCGGGCACUUAAACGACCCACGGACGGCACGCCAAUCGACUCGCGUCGAGGGCCGACCUAUCUCUCCCUCCGCUGCGGCAGUUUCCGGAACGCGCGCGCGAGGACGAGGGCAAGGACGAAAGCACGGGAGAGAGACUCGAUCUCCCGCCGGAGAGAGAGCGCGCGCCCGAUGCACCCUGCUCGCACACCAUUUGGCGACGCGGCGAGUCACUCGGUGAGGACUACCCCGUACCGUCGCGGCACGGACGACGACUUCCUGAUCGCGCGUGUCGACCGCCCGUCGAUGACCACCAAUUCAGUCCGGAGCAGUCGAUGACUGAUCGUUCCCCGAUCGUUCCUCGUUCUCCAUGUCAUCGCGCGGAACCGGUGAACCGGUGACUGCUCACGGUGUGCGGUGAUUACUCGUCUCCACUCAUCGAUCGCUUGCACUCGCGAAACGUGCCAAACGACGCGACGUGUGAUCCGCGGGGAAACCAUGAGGAUCAGUGAUUGACCUUUUGCCUUCCAGUGAGACGGAAGACCGGUAAAAGGGUCGGGAAAGGGAAAGAGCGAUAGAACAUCAUCCUCCUACUUCUUCGAGAACAGUGUCACUCGCGGUCGCGAUCGCGGUUAAAGUGUCGAACGUGUCCUGUGUCGCAUCGUCGGUGCAGUUCGACGUCGUUCGAGCGAAACGACGCAGUGAGACGAUAUAUUUCCUGAUUCAACGGCCGACAUCGCCACGGGACUUGCUCCCCGGCACGGCGGGCGGUUCUCCUCGGGAGAAUCCCUUUGCGCGCGAGGACUCCGAGGCGGCCGCACGCCUCGUCCAGCGCGCAGCUAAGCACCGGCUAAGAUUUUUCGCUCACUACCGAACUAUGCGUGGUGCGAGAUGGUGUGUUCUCUGACCAGCGGCAAGGCCUGCGCCGACAGCGGAGACCCGUGCCCGGACCCGCCAUCGCGCUCCACGCCGGAGGGCGGUGGACUCGAGAUUGCCGAGAACAUGUCGUCGUCGCUCAGCGACGCGCACCGACGCAACAAUAAUCAUCACCUGGACCAGGGCGAUCGUAGCUCGUCCGCGGGUUCCUCGCUGGGCUCGUGCUCCCCGCCGCCCGCCUCGAGCCACUCGCCGCCGCCCCCGCGGCCGCCCUGGCUCCACGACUUCCACGCGGCGGCCGCGCCCCAUGUUUUGCAAUUUCUCAAUCUAAGCGCCGCUGGGGGUGGCAUGCUCGGCAGCCAGCCAUUGGCAGCGCUGCACUCUAUGGCGGAGAGAAGUCAUCAGCAUCAACAGCAGCAGCAACAGCAACAGCAACAACAGCAGCAGCAUCAACAGCAGCAGCAGCAGCAGCAACAGCAGCAGCCGCACCAGCAGCAGCAUCAUCCACCGCAUCAGCAGCAGCAACAGGGCGGCAUCCAAUUGCCGCGUAUCACGGUGCCGUUAUCCACUAUCACGCAAGGUCAAUCGUCACCCACCGGUAGCGGCAAGCAUAGUCCGGCAACGUCCAUCACCUCCGUCGGCAGCAAUCCUCACGGCAUCGACACGAUACUUUCGAGACCGACGGCGACGGUCCAUCCCCAGACAACGGUACCGCCAUCGCACGCGGCCCUGCCACCGACCCCACAUCCUCAGCACAUGGCCGCGCCGCGGUACGCCAUGCACGCCGGCUUCACGGCGUCCUCGGGUAUCGGUCAAUUUCAACAAAGAGCAGAACCACGGCACACUGCUGUCUAUUGGCCGGGCCUUCAGGGACUAGUCAGCGAUCCUCUCGCAUGGCGCGCAAGAUUACACACAUUGUCGCAACAGCUGGGCUGUCAGCAAGCGAUGACGGGCACGGGCGGCGGCGCCGGGGAACACGAUGGCGGCAAGAAGAAGCACACGAGGCCCACGUUCAGUGGACAGCAGAUCUUCGCCCUGGAGAAGACCUUCGAGCAGACCAAGUACCUAGCCGGCCCAGAACGCGCCAAAUUGGCGUACGCCCUCGGAAUGUCGGAAUCCCAAGUCAAGGUAUGGUUCCAGAAUCGGCGGACGAAGUGGCGAAAGAAGCACGCGGCGGAGAUGGCGACGGCGAAGCGGCGGCAGGAGGAGGUCGAGGGCGUCGUCGCCGAGGGUGAGGACGGUUGCAGCGAUGCUGAGGCCGACGGCAGCAGUGGUGGCGGCGGCAGCGGUGGCGGCGGCGGUAACGGUGGCGGUGGCGGUGGCGGCGGUGGCGGUGGUGGUGGUGGUGGUGGCGGCGGCGGUGGCGAGACCGCCGCGAAGAGGCUGCGAAGGGAGCUGGAGCAGCAGUACAGGCAUUGAGAACCGCCGGGGACGGCGGGGGUUGCCCGGGGACACGCGGGGGCGCGAAAAAAGGGAAAAGAGGGACGCGGAGGAGAAGGAUAAGGCGUGGCCCGGGGGCGGCGCGUUCCGGAGGGUUCCUCGCGGCUUGUUCGGGGAACGACGCGCGUGUCGGCUCGGAAAUGAUCGCGGAACGACUGUACGGCGGCAGCGACGGCGGCGGAGAGAGAAAGGGAGAAAGGGAGAAGCGGAGAAAGAGAGAGAGAGAGAGAGAGAGAUCUGCACGAGUAUGUGUGUGUCCGUCUUUCUUCGUGAUUUAGCCGAAUGCUUAACGCGACGUCGCGACUGACGUACGGGAUGUCCGGGAAGUCGCGCGUCUUCUCAGUAUCACGGAAAAUACGAGAGGGAGGUUUUAGAAUUUUAAUAGAGAGCAGAUUGGGAAUUUUGAGGUUCACGGAGUUGACUCUCUUGUCGAGUUACGAGUAAAAGAUCCAGAAGAGUGGAAAGAACUUACUUUUCGAGUUAACUUCGGAUGGACUUUUGCCGAAGCCAAAUUUUAAUUGAGGAAGUUUAAUUCGUCUUUCGUAAGAUUCUCUUCGAUUUUCCAAAAUUGAGGAAUUCCGCAACCGAGAGAAAGCGCGCGUGAUUUGCGGGACAUCCGACGUGUCUGACGUUCCGCAAGAUGGGACGCGUAAGUGUUUCGCGACAAUGCCGUGUCAGUACAGUCGAAGACGAUCGCCUCACUUUCGAAGCGAACCAAUCUUUACGGUAAUUGCCAUUAAUUUUGAUCGGUGCUCGGUUUUAACGGGCACUUCGAUUCGCUCUGACUGAAACAUUGCGAAUUGCGAAGCGUUGAUUUUGUCGGUGGCGGAUUUGUUGAUGCUCAACUAGGGAACUUUAAGUAAGCACUAGCGACGGUAAUUUAAAUCCAAUUGAGUGUUGUACAAUAUAAAGCGAAAUGCCACUUAUUUUCAUUUUUCAUAUCGAUUAAAAAAUUCAUAUUAUUAAUAUGUGAAUAUAAUAUCGCAAUUAUUAAGUAGGGAAACGCUUUCGUGAGAAGAGGCUGACUAAAAAUUUCGGUGCAUAAUGAAUCUGCCAUCCGACAAAAUGAUCUGGCGACAAUUGGAAUUCAAACUACGUCCCGUUGCCAAAACUGAUCUCUAUGAUAAUUCGAAAGCGUCGAUAGAGACUAUCGAGUCAUCGCUGAUCUCGAAAUUUAAGUCAAAUUGCUCGACCAAGUUGAGUGCGUUUAUCCAGGGACUUUAACCUUUUGCGGCAUAGUGACACAUCCACACUACCUCUCAGUUUUUUUUUACGAUUUUUACAAAUUUUUUACACAUAAAAUUUUCAAAAUUUUCAAAUUUGGAUUUCGGAUUUGAAAUCAGGCCAAAAAUCUUUCGAGCAUCAAGUUGAAAUUGAAUAGAAGAGCGUAUGCCGCAAAGGAUUAAUUAAUCAGUCAAGAUACCAAUUUAUUAUUAUGAAGUGAGUUUGCUUUUUUUGCGACUACAGAAAUACUUUAUAAAUAUUUGGUUCCAAGAAAUAAAUACGAAUCUAGCGUGCAGUAAAUGCUUUUAAGGGGAUGCUGAAACGCAACGAGAAUUGGUUGUCAAGCAAGUAUAUCGGAUUAAGUAUCGAUAUUUAUAUUUUCAAAUUUAUAUUUUUUCAAACAGAGUCAUCAUGAAUUAGCGUCCAGUAUCAUAAAUUAAUAUCAUUUUAGGGGGGGCACGUAUCUAGACGAGACCUCAACUUUUUUGUGGGAAAACGGAUAAGGAUAGACGAGUUGAGUUUAUUCCAUUGUAAACGUUAUACCUUUUUCCAUUUGACAUUUAAGUUUAAUUAAAAAAUUAUAUAAAACGACGUCGCUAUUUAAAUGUUUUCAAAAAAACACGUGACCACUUCGGUAAAAAUCAUUAGGCAUUUUUUUUUCGUUUAUUUGGAUUUCUUCCAUUUGUAUUAUUUCAUAUUAAUUAUUGACAUUAUACUAUCAUUCAACUAAAAAGUCGCAAAACUAGGUAUCAUUUUGACCUAUUUACGUGUAUAUGCAAUCCCUUAAAUAAUGGAUGUAUUGCGUGAAAAAAAAAUCGCCUGAUAAAACUCGCGUGUAUCUGCCGAUUUAAAGUCGGCAAGUGUCACAACUCCGUCGCCCCGAAUUACGCAAUCCGCUGCGCGCCGUGUUUGAUAGGAAAAUAUAGCGACGUCCAAAUAUCGUUAACCACCUUCUCUGGAUCGCGACGUGUUACCAUCCCCAAAAUCUCUCGAUCGCGUGUGCAUAUUUAGUCUGUAGCUACGAGAGCAUACGGAGGAAUCGAUAGGAAGGGUUUGCCGAGCUGCUUAUGCGAUGGCAGAUUAGUCGCCGGGGGCUUUGUUAUCCAUCCGACAAACAACGCACGGCAAAUAUGGCAAACAACGCACGCGACGUAACGUCAGCCCCCGUCAAGAAGGUGUUAAUGGAUAACCAUAAAUCCAAGGGCCCGGCAAUCUCCACGUCGUUCUAAACUAGUCGAAUCGUCACCGAGGAAAGGCGCGAAUUAUUCUCCCGGUUGAAUAAAUAAUUGUACGCGAAUGCACUGGACUCGAAAUGAGAAAGUACUCCCCGGGAAAUUACUCUCUGCGCCAAACACAUGACUGACUGUUUUAUUAUAUUGGUAUCACGGAUUCACGGACAUGUCGCUUUAGAAAAGGAUAGUGUUAUUAACAUCAGACCUCGCGUUCACGUACCGCUUAAUUAAAUUAUUUAUUUAAAAAAAUGAGAAGAUAUCUUUAAUUUAUAUCUGCAAUUUUAUCUACAAAAAAAAU